CAUCUUGCUUCUGCCAGAGCCUCUUUCAAAGGUAUUGGACGGAAUUCGCUCGGCACGGGAGUUCUUAACUUCCUGGCGUACUGAAUGAAUUUCAUACUGUAACGAACUCGUGUAUUUUCCAUAUUUCGCGUAACACCUUUUAAGUUACGUAUUCACAUCGUAGUGUCGGAGGGUGCUGCGGCAGGACUGACCGUGUGAUUUAAUAGAUUUUUUUAAAGUUGCUUUUUUGCGAUGGCGACCGCAACCCCGAGCCGCUCGGCCGCUGAGGCCGCCCGCUCCACGAGCACGCCGCUGUCCCCCACGCGCAUCUCGCGCCUGCAGGAGAAGGAGGAGCUGCGACACCUGAACGACCGGCUCGCGGUAUACAUUGACCGAGUGCGCGCGCUCGAGCUGGAGAACGACCGGCUGCUGCUGAAAGUGUCCGAGAAGGAGGAGGUCACCACCCGGGAGGUUACAGGGAUUAAGACAUUAUAUGAGGCAGAACUAGCGGAUGCCCGCCGUGUCCUGGAUGAAACUGCACGCGAGAGAGCCAAGCUGCAGAUCGACCUUGGAAAGGCCAAUGCUGAGCUGGAGGAGGUCACCAGGAACUUUAAAAAGAAGGAUGGGGACUUGACUCUGGCUCAAGCUCGUGUCAAAGAGCUGGAGUCAAUGUACAACAAGAGUGAGGCAGCGCUCAGCACGGCCCUAAGUGAGAAUGCAGCCCUUGGGGCCGAGUUGGCUGACCUGAAAGCCCAGCUUGCUAAGGCUGAAGAUGCCCAUGCUGUUGCUAAGAAGCAGUUGGAAGCAGAGACUUUACUGAGAGUGGACUUGGAGAACCGUUGUCAGAGCCUGUCAGAGGAGCUGGAGUUCAGGAAGAGCAUGUUUGAAGAGGAAGUAAAAGAGACACGCAGGCGUCAUGAGAAGCGUAUGGUGGAGGUGGACAGUGGGGCUCAACAGGACUAUGAAUUCAAACUGACACAGGCUCUGCAGGAUCUGCGCAGGCAACAUGAAGAACAGGUGUCCAUCUACAAGGAAGAACUGGAGCAGACCUUCAAGGCCAAGCUGGAUAAUGCAAAGGUGUCAUCUGACCUGAAUGAUAAGGCAGUGAGUGCAGCUCGUGAAGAGCUGCAGGAGGCUCACAUGCGAAUUGAGAGCCUAGGCUACCAGCUCUCCGCCCUACAAAAACAGGCAAGCGCAUCUGAGCAACGGAUCCGUGAGCUGGAGGACAUCCUGGCCAGCGAUAGGGACAAGUACCGCCGGCAGUUGGAUGCCAAGGAGCGUGAGAUGGCUGAGAUGAGAGACUGCAUGCAACAGCAGCUUAAUGAAUACCAAGAGCUGCUGGAUGUUAAGCUGGCCCUCGAUAUGGAAAUCAAUGCCUACAGGAAGCUACUAGAGGGAGAAGAGGACAGGCUGAAGCUGUCUCCUAGUCAGUCCUCACGGGUGACAGUAUCUAGAGCAGCCACCACCAGCAGCUCUGUGCGUACCUCUCGUGCCAAGAGGAAGCGGAUGGAGGAGUCUGGCACCAGUAGCCAGCCUAAAGUACAUGUCAGCCAGGAGGCAGAAGCCACUGGCAGCAUCACCAUUGAGGAGAUUGACUUGGAGGGAAAGUCGGUCACUCUGAAGAACAGCUCUGAAAAGGAUCAGUCCCUUGGUAGCUGGAGACUGAAGAGACAGAUUGGAGAAGGGGAAGAAAUAGCCUACAAAUUCACUCCAAAAUAUGUCCUGAAGGCUGGGCAGACUGUCACGGUCUGGAGUUCUGAUGCUGGAGUUUCUCAUAGCCCACCCACUGACUUACUCUGGAAAAGUCAGAGUUCCUGGGGCACCGGUGACAAUAUCUUGACUGUCUUGGUGAAUUCUGAAGGAGAGGAGGUGGCCAAGAGGAUUGUCACCAAAACCACUGUGGAGAAUGAAGAUGAGGAUGCAGACUUUGGGGAGGAGGAUCUUUUCCAUCAACAGGGUGACCCAAAAACAACAUCCAGGGAGUGUUUAAUUAUGUGAAGAACCCCUCAACACACACACAUGGACAUACUUUAAAGCCACUUAAAUAUUUUUGUACAAUUCAGUCUUGUUCAUUGCUGGGUUUUUUUAUUACAAGCCACUUGGUCUACAGUUUAAAAAAAUUUUAACAUUGUUGUAUCAUGAAUUAUGUACAAUUUAAUCAAUAAUCAUGAAUUAUUAUUAUAGACUAUUUUUUUACAAGGAUUAUACAGUGAUGUAAUCCUUCCCCAAUGAGAAACUUACACAGUUGCAGACUCAUUUGUUACGACCAAAUGUCAGAUGGGAGAACCAGGCAAAACAUAGGAAAUUAAAUUUGCAUUUUAGACAGGAUCAACCUUUGUUUAGUGUCAACACUAACAGUUUAUAUGAAGGGUAGUAGUAAUGGAUCAACUUAGGUUUCCCUUUAAAUUUUUAACUCAAAAUGUUUCUCUUUAAAAUUAGAAUUUGUAUCCCUUGACUCUUAAAGGUGAAGUCUGAAGAGGAUUUCAGCAUUGUGGUUUUGGCAUGAAAUGCUUAAUUCUUUACAUUUUAUGUAGAUCAUAACUGACAUAGAAGCUCAGUAGUACUGUUAUUAGGCAGGCUUUGCGCAUUUUGCUAAUGGGAUUGAAAUCACCAGAUUGAGAGUAGAGAUUCAAGGAGCAGUUAGGUAUGGUUCAAUAUGAGAACAAAUGAUAUAUUAAAACAAUAUCGACAAGUAUAAAUUAACACGUUGCAAAUUUUUGUGGUUUGAUCUCAGGUGGAAAUGGAUUUGUGAAACAAAAUAAUUCAUAACCACGUGCAAAAAUAAGCAGUGUAUACAACAAUACAUGAUGGACCUAUUCUGAUGUUGCAGAAAUACCAAAGAUCAUGUGGUUUAGGCCAUUAAACACAUGGCAACAUAUGUUCUGCAUAUAUUUUCCAUUGCCAUAGUUUUUUUGGUGACAUUAUGUGAAAAGACUAAGCAAACCCAUCAAUGUGUAUAAAAAGCUGUACACACAUACUGUUAUAUUUUUUGCCCAAAUUCUUAAUCAGAUUUGUUAUUCUCUACUCCCCAUCCAGAAAGGUCAGUGUUAUCCAUGAAUGUGUAAUAUGGUACACAGCAUGCGAUAAUUUGACUUGGAUAAGUUGAUGACACAUUAAUUUGGCUAGACAAUAUUGUACAUAUUAGGGGGAAGGCUGUGGUAAAUGGUGCUUGCACUCUGUUGCUAAUGCUCUUGCUUUUAGUAAUCUGCAAAAGGGUUAACAUUCAUUAAAUGUAAAAUUAUGUUUCUCAGACAACUGUAUAUGCAAAUUGAGUUAUUAAACUUAAAACAUGACUUAUUUCAAAUGGCAAGGGUUUGCAAUUGUAAACCAGUUUACCUUUUUGUUUCUUUGCACCCACUGAAUGUAUGAGGUGGUUGUGCCUAAAAAUUGAGUAAAUAUUUCUGUAUACAAUAUAAAUCUGUCAUGUCUAGAUAGUUUUCUUGAGAAUUGUCCAGCGGAGGAAGGCAUAAUUGCUUGUGUUGUCCAAAGAGAACUAUCUAUGCUAUGAGACACACCAAUUACUCUGUAGUAUGAUUGCAGUGAUGUUUUUCAGCAAUCUUAAGGGCAGUCUACAUGGAUGAAACUGGAUCUAACAUUAUAGAUCACUUGACAGACACAGAAUCUGAGGAGUCUUGUGUAUUAUACAGCAAAAAUGUGGCUUUCUAAGUCAGUACAGCUAUUUUCAUGAAGGUGAACCUGGUUUUGUUGAAUUAUCCACAUAAAUCACACCAUUGUUUCUACCUGAAAAGUCAUUCUACUAAAGUGCAGGUAAGCUAAAGUAGUCUUAUCUGUAAUAUGUCUAUACAGCUAUGUUUUAUAAGUGUAGUGUUGACCUGGGAAGCAGAAUUUUUAUAUAUCUUUAAAUGCAGGCCCUGCAUUAAAACUUAAUUUUGAUAGCUAUUGUAUAUCAAAUGUUUACAUGCAAGUGUGGCUAUUAUAAAUGUUUGUCUAAAGAUGGUAAAGUUUAGGUUAAAUGGGCAUAAUCUGUUUCAGGUUGUAAGGGUUAUAUUUGUAGUUUGUAAAAUGUAAUGAGGAAAAAGUAAUGCUGUUUGGUCUUUUUAGCACAGCAUUUUGGCAUUUCUAAGGAAACAUACAGUAAGUUGGACUUUUUUGGAGAGGAAAAGAGUAUUGUGUAUACUGGAUUAAACAAAUUAAACACUGUGUUCCGCAUGUCAUAAAUCCUAAUUCUGGAUGUCAUACAUUGUUCUGCUCAUCAGAAACUCUUCUGUACAAUUUAUGGGAACUGUGAUUGUUAUAUGCUGUUAUAUUGAUGAAAACAGUUGCAGCGACUGCUGGACACUGGUAAAUUUGAAUAAGCUUUUCAAAAAUGGUUAACCAACUGUUUCAUGCACUGUUUUAAUAAGUAUUUUACACUGCCAGAUUGCUUUAUGGGUUUAUUAAGAUGAAAGUGACUGAUUUUGAGUCAAAUUGCCGGUAUGAACUCCUUACAGAAUUCUAAAUGUCUGUGAAUUUCUUGAUGGCAGAAAAGCGUAAUGCCUUACUGUAAGGAAACUCAUAACUUAAUACUUUGAAAUGCACAAAAUGAUGCACAAUAAUGUGAAAUGUCAGAUUAUUUGAGCCAUGAUAAAAUUAAUGGAAAUCUAAUUUGAGCAUUUUAAGUGAAAAACCUAAACUUUAUCAUUGUUGUAAGGGGACUUGUAAGGGUUGGGCUGAGGGAGGGUGCAUGCCAAGUGUCAGUUUUAAUCCCCAUUACGAGUUACUAUGUUUUUAUUGGAAUAAUUUUUGUACAACAUAACAUAAUAAAUGUUUUACUUAUUAAAGCUGUCACGUGUUUGGAUUCAGUGCAUAUUUU